GGUACCCGGCUUAUUUACCGUUAAGGAUAUAAGGCCGGGAGAGGACGGUGCCUGCCUGUCCCGUGCAGUGACAGCCAUUGCAGGGCAGUGACCGAGACAGAUUCACGUACCCCAUCAACACAUUUGUACUGGGUGUAUGUUUUGUGCCAAAAACUAUUCUAGGUGCUGGGGAUACAAAGGUGAAAGACUCUGGAGCAGUUUAAAGUCUAGCAGAUGCCAGUGCCCAACUCAUUCUCAUACUUACUCCCAAGCUCCUGGAUUUCCACCUUCUGGGAAAACAACAGAUUAUGCCUUUGAGAUGGCCGUUUCAAAUAUUAGAUAUGGAGCCGGAGUUACAAAGGAAGUAGGAAUGGACCUACAAAACAUGGGUGCUAAAAAUGUUUGUUUGAUGACAGACAAGAACCUCUCCCAACUCCCUCCUGUACAAAUGGUUAUGGAUUCCUUAGUGAAGAAUGGCAUAAAUUUUAAGGUUUACAAUAAUGUGAGGGUGGAACCAACUGAUAGAAGUUUCAUGGAAGCUAUUGAGUUUGUCAAAAAGAGAGCUUUUGAUGCCUACGUUGCUGUUGGUGGUGGCUCCACCAUGGACACCUGUAAAGCUGCUAAUCUGUAUGCAUCCAGCCCUCACUCUGAUUUCCUAGAUUAUGUCAAUGCCCCCAUUGGGAAAGGAAAGCCUGUGUCUGUGCCUCUUAAGCCUCUGAUUGCAGUCCCAACUACCUCAGGAACUGGGAGUGAAACUACAGGAGUUGCCAUCUUUGACUAUGAACCCUUGAAAGUAAAAACUGGCAUUGCUUCGCGAGCCAUCAAACCAACACUGGGACUCAUCGAUCCUCUGCAUACCCUGCACAUGCCUGACCGGGUGGUUGCCAACAGUGGCUUCGAUGUGCUUUGCCAUGCCCUGGAAUCCUACACUGCCCUCCCCUACCACAUGCGGAGCCCUUGCCCUUCAAAUCCUAUCACUCGGCCAGCAUAUCAGGGCAGCAACCCAAUCAGCGAUAUUUGGGCAGUCCACGCACUACGGAUCGUCGCUAAGUAUCUAAAGAGGGCUGUCAGAAAUCCUGAUGAUCUUGAAGCAAGGUCUAAUAUGCACUUGGCAAGUGCUUUUGCUGGCAUUGGCUUUGGAAAUGCUGGCGUUCAUCUGUGCCAUGGAAUGUCUUACCCAAUUUCAGGCUUAGUGAAGACAUAUAAAGCAAAGGAUUAUAAUGUGGAUCACCCACUGGUGCCUCAUGGCCUUUCUGUGGUACUCACCUCCCCAGCGGUGUUCACCUUCACAGCACAAAUGUCUCCUGAACGGCACCUGGAAACGGCAGAAAUAUUGGGAGCUGACACCCGCACUGCCAGGAUCCCAGAUGCUGGGCCUAUUUUGGCAGACACACUCCGGAAAUUCUUAUUCGAUCUGGAUGUUGAUGAUGGCCUAGCUGCCAUUGGUUACUCCAAGGCCGAUAUCCCAGCAUUAGUGAAGGGAACUCUGCCCCAGCCCCUCACCUCAAAUAAACGAAUAAAAAAAAAAGGAACACAGAGAUGCAUGCACACAGAAGAAAAACCAUGUGAAGAUAAGAUGGACCAAGGAGAGAGGUUUCUGGAGACACCAAACCUGCUGAUAUCUGAUCUUGGACUCCAAGCCUCCAGAACUACAAGGAAGUAAAAUGCUAUUGUUUAAGCUGCCUGGUCUGUGGAUUUUAUUAUGGUAACCCUCAUAACCUAGGAUUUGCUGGCAAAUGACAGUAUUGAAGCACUUACAUCAGAAAGAGCUGAAAGCCGCUGGUAGAAGAGAAAGUAGUAAAUCCAGAGGCAAGAAAGAGCAGAAAAGACUUAAGCCACCAAGCUAAGUGUAGAGAGAGUAGUCUUGGAGGAGGUGAGCAAAGAGGGAGAGAUUAGGAACAGCCAAUGAGCAGGGCACUGGAAGAUAGAGUUGUUUGGUUUGGUUCUUAAAGUCUGGCUCUGUGUUACAAAUGGAAACGCCUUUGGAGUUUCUUGGAGAUGGCAAUAAUGAUAUAGAUUGUUUUAAAGUUAUUUCUGCGGGUCAGACUUAUAUUGUGAUGCUUUUGCUAAAUGCAACACCAAACCACAGUGAUUCAAGUGACGAGGAGUUAAGAUUAUAAUUUUAAAAUAGUAUAGCAAGUGCAGUGAUUUAAAAAAAAAGUCAGGAAGGCUUUAUGAAGGAGGUGACUCCUGUAUUGAACCAUGAAGGAAAGUCAGAAUUAGAUAGAAGUUAGGACAUUCCAAGUAGAAUGAAUAGCAGGAAGAAUAACCUGGAGUAAACAUGGAGUGAGCAGAGAGUUUUCAACAGUUCAGUGUUGCUGGGGUGUCACAUGCAAGUCAAGAGGUGGUAAAUUGAGGCUGGAGAUGUAGAUAUGCCCCAAGCCUAGUGCCUUGAUGGAACUUGGAAUGUAUCCAGAAAGGUGGUAGAAACCACAGGGAUGGGCUGGGGUGCCAGAGAUGGAUCUGUAUUAUAGAUCAGUUACUUGGGGAAGAAGUUAGAUUAAGUAGUUACUGAUAACAAUUAUAGAAUAACAAAAAAUGUAUAAAUAGGUUAAUAUUUCUUUCAUCAUUCUCUGUAAUUUUUUUCAUUUUUAUUUGGAAAUAAUUGCAGAUUCAAAUGCAUUUGAAAGAAAUAACUCAGAGAGAUCCCAUAUAUCUUCACCUAGUUUCCCCAAUGGUAACACCUUGCACAACUGUAGUAUAAUAUCACCAGAAAAUUGACAUUGAUACACUCCUUCCACCUUAUUCAGGUGACCACCACUGCAGUCCAAAUACAGAACGGCUCCAUCACAAGGAGGCCCUGUGCUACCCUUUUAGAGCCAUAGCCACUUCUCUCCCUCCACAACCCCUGGCAACUACUAAUCUAUUUCCCAAUUCUAUAACUUUGUACAUUUUAAGCAUGAAACUUUUUGAGAUUGGCCUUUUUUUUCCACUCAGCAUAUUCUCUGGAGAUUCAUCCAGUUUGU